AUGGCUCACUUGCAGAGCAAGGACAAAGACGAGGAGGAAGGAAAAGCGGGCGGGCAAAAUACAGCGAGAAUUCGAGGGGGCGAUAGGAUAGAUUAUAUAGAACCACGCACAGGGACGCACAAGGACAAGAGCGCUAAACCAUGGGUGGACAAAUAUAACUACAAAUAUGACCGUAAUUCACAGUUCUCUUCCGAUAUGGUGUAA